UAUAUAUUAAUUAUGUAUUAAUUAAUGUUAAGUAUAAUUUUUACGUAGAACUAAGCAGAAUAACUGAUACUCGAUGGUUCAGCUACUCUCGACUCCAUUUUCCUUCAUUUCCUCGAGUUCAAGCGGACAAGUUGGAAACAGGGAUCGAAAUCAACAGGUUCUGUACGUUUUCAAAAAAAAGAAAAACAAAAAUUCUGCUCGAGCUUGUGCAUUUCGUAUCGAAGAAAUAUCUGUUUUCGUGGAACUUUCGUGGAAAGAAAAGUGUCUCGCUUUUGAACAGUGUAAUAAAAGUUCCAUGGAAAACGAGUAAUUGCCUUUUUUUUUUCUCUCUUUCUAACAAACAGACUAAUUUGUACAACUUCAUCCUAAAUCGAAUACUCGUUGCGUGAUCUUAUACCUGAUUGUUCAACUCUGUUUUAGAAAAAGGAAAUGCGCGAUUUCGUUAACGAUUCGUUGAUCACAAGAGAUGGACAAUCGAGCAUUUCCGUCGUAUUUUGCUCGUACUAUCUUCGAAAAGGGAAAGGAAAUGUCGCGCAAAAGUUUGUAUAAAAUUAUCGGACGUCUACGACGAGGAAGCCAUCAAACUACGACAGUGUCAGAAUCGGUUUGCUAUAAAUCUCACUGCCGAUGAGUUUAUCAAAUCUCUGUCAUUCGUCGAGUCGCAAAGUUGCCUGAAAGAUGGCCAAAGAAUACCUGAACGAUAUAUUGUCUAAUAAAGCUUUUGUUUCUCGUCAAAAAUUCGCCUUUCAUUUGCAGAUGAAAGUAAGAAAAAAAAAAAAAAAAAAACGCAGUUACUUUCUGGCCAACCUAAUAUUUCAAAACAUUCGAUUAAUAAUGAAUAUUCGAGCAUUAUUCGUUGAAUGGUAUUCAUAUGUCAGUGAGAACAAAUUAUCUUCCGACGAGAGAAAAAUUCUUACUUUUACAUAUAUAUAUAUCAUAAGUUUCAUUCCGUCUGAAACUUUUGCUUCUCAGUACAGUUUGUUCAUCUGUAAUAAUGCCUACCCUUUUCGAUCCCUGAUCACUGUCGGCGCUCAUGGCAAUUUGAAUUUUCGAUCCCGCUCGCGACCGCAAGUUCAAGCCGAUGUCGACGCGAUCGAGAGCGACGAGCUUCGCGACAUUCACGCGCAAAUAUAUACAUAUAUAUAUAUAUAUAUAUAUACAUACAUACAUCGGACGUAAUCGGGGGAGAAUGCGAAAAAAUCCAGCGAGUCUGGAUAGUUCGAGCCAGUGGGAGCCAAGUUGCGACAGGUGAGAGGACUGGUCAAGUCACGAAGGACGAUCGUCUCGCGCGGAUGAGACAUGGGCGAUAUCCUGCGAAGCUGGAUGCAAGCUAGGCUAGGGAUCCUGAUCGACUUGACGCCGGACGUGUUCGGCCACUACACCAGGGACGGCUCGCUGCUCGCGCAGAUCCUUCACAACUACGACGUGAUCAAUCGGGAACAGUUGGAGACGAUCGUCGCGACGCAGGACCCGGCCCUCUGCCGUGUGAACCUCAAGCACCUGAGCAUCUGGCUGAGGUUCGUGGGCAUCGACUUCGACGACGAGAGCAUCGACGAGAUCUCGUGCGGCAAGGGCACCACCUCGCUGCGCCUCUUCUACAAGCUCUACCUGUCCCUCGAGACCAAGGACAGGCUGCACUUCGUCACGCUGCAGAAGGAGAGAGAGAGGUUGCUGCCCGUGUCGAAGAAGUUCGUGGUGACGAGAGUAUGCGAGGAUCCUCCGCCGUACCAGCCACCGGUGCAUCCUUCGUCGGCGAAGCUCGCCAAGGGGGCGGACGUCGUCGACUGGCAUCGUACCAAACAGCCGGCGAUACUCGCGAAGUUUCGACGAGGGCGAGAGAAGCUCGAGGCUGCCCGCGUGCAGCCGGACGUCGUCGUCGUCGAUCGCUGCGUAGCACCCGAGGUGCAUAACAUUCGAGUAAGUACUCUUGGUAGAGAGGAGUUACGGCCAAGUUACACAGGGAUGAUUGGAAGAUGGAGGGGAAUUGAAAUUGUGGAGUUUUGGCAAACGGUUCAGAUGCAAGACGCUGCUCUUCGAAGGUGCUGGAACGAAGGUCCACGAGUGGCGAAGGUUGUUGACGUUACGCGGUGGAUGUUGUAGCGUAGCGAGGGAUAGCGAGUUACAGUGGUCCUGAGAUAGUAGAUUAGUGUUGUAUAGAUUGUACAGAAUAUAAAGUAGAUUAUAGGUUUAUAUUAGAAUUAUAUUGUGUUAGAGUAAGAGUGGAAGUAGUUUAGUUUAGUUGGAAUGUAGAACGAAGCGUAGAGCUCUGUGCUGUAGUACGAGUAGUCUCUCCCCGAUUUCGGUGCGACCGUAAUUUCUUAGAAGUUAAUAUUAGUAGUUUAAACUUGCAGUAAAAAUUAGAGAUUCCUAGGUACGAUGUGUUAGUUGAUCUGCGGAAUAAAAAGUCUAUUUGUUCGUUA